AUGCAAAACAGAACGGAAAGCACCACUCCUCCUACCAAUAUCAUCGUCACCAACACCACGACCAGAACGAUUAAAGAGCCAAAAGAGCCAACAGAAACACCAAAGCCAUCCGCCACAAGUGCGUUUUUACACAGAAUGAAAGAUGAUGAGUUGUUUUGGAGAGCAUCGAUGGUUCCUAGAAUACGCAAGACUCCAUUCAAGAAGACGCCAAAGGUUGCAUUCAUGUAUUUAGUAAGAGGAAGGUUGCCAUUAUCUCCCCUUUGGGCUAGGUUCUUUCGUGGUUAUAAGGGUUUUUACUCCAUUUAUGUUCAUACACAACCAUAUUUUGUUGGUGAAGUGGCUCCUGAACCAAUGUUUCAAGGACGAAGAAUUCCAAGUGAGGUGGUUACGUGGGGAGAAAUAAGUAUGGUGGAAGCCGAGCGUCGCCUAUUAGCCAGUGCAUUACUUGAUUUCAAUAACGAAAGAUUUGUGCUUCUUUCUGAGGCUUGCAUUCCUCUUUACAACUUCUCAACCAUCUACCCAUAUCUAAUCAACUCCAAACAGACAUUUGUGGAGUGCUAUGAUAAAGAGGGCCCAGUGGGGCGUGGACGAUAUGACCACAACAUGGAACCAGCAGUUACAGUAGAUCAAUGGCGAAAAGGCUCCCAGUGGUUUGAAGUUGACCGCCACCUAGCCCUAGAGAUUAUCUGUGAUAGGAAAUAUUACCCUUUGUUUCGAGACUAUUGCAAACCUGCUUGUUAUUCAGAUGAGCAUUACAUCCCCACAUUCUUAUAUAUAGAGUUCAAGGAAGAUAAUUCAGAUCGGACGUUAACUUAUGUUGACUGGUCAAAAGGUGGACCUCAUCCCUACAAGUUUGGAAAAUGGGAGGUGACACUUUCUUUGUUGAGACAAAUGCAGAAUGGAACCGAGUGUAUGUAUAAUGGAGAGCGAACAAGAGUUUGCUUUUUGUUUGCUAGAAAGUUUGUACCAAGUUCUUUGCUUAGGUUAUUAGAGCUAGCUCCGGAAGUCAUGAAUUUUUGA